CCACCUGAUCUCCUUGACCCAAAGUCUGCCGCUCACAACUCCAAGCCCCGCCUCUCCUUCUCGGCUGCCAAGCCGUUGGUCCUGAACUCCCCCGAGGACGAAUACGACACCACACGCUUCACCGUCAUGAGGUGGAAGACGGUAUCAGUCAUCUUCUUCCUGGUGGUGCUCUACCUCAUUGUGGGAGCCCUGGUGUUCCGGGCACUGGAGCAGCCCCACGAGAGCCAACAGAAGCUGGCCAUCUUGGCCGAGAAACUGGACUUCCUGUCGCUGCACGCCUGUGUCAACUCCUCCGAACUGGAGGACCUCGUCAAGCAAGUGAUCUCUGCCAUCAGAGCGGGCGUCAACCCAUCAGCGAACUCAUCCAAUCAGACAAGUCUGUGGGACCUAAGCUCCUCCUUUUUCUUCGCUGGCACUGUCAUCACCACUAUUGGCUUUGGGAACAUCGCUCCCCACACGGAGGGGGGACGUAUCUUCUGUAUCAUCUAUGCCCUCCUGGGAAUCCCCCUCUUUGGCUUCCUGUUGGCUGGUGUUGGAGACCAGCUUGGAACCAUCUUUGGGAAAGGCAUCAACAGAGUGGAGAAGAUAGUUGGGUCUCUCCCUCAAAAGUGGAAAGUGAGCCAGACCAAGAUCAGGGUGAUCUCCACCGUGAUCUUCAUCCUGUUUGGCUGUGUCCUCUUCGUGGCGUUGCCGGCGGUCAUCUUUAAACACAUAGAGGGCUGGAGCACGCUGGAGUCCAUCUACUUUGUGGUCAUCACCCUCACCACCAUCGGCUUCGGUGACUUUGUGGCCGGUGAAAAAGGUCUUGAAAAGGGUGGUUCUGAGAUAGAGUAUCUGGACUACUACAAGCCUGUGGUGUGGUUCUGGAUCCUGAUUGGUCUAGCCUACUUUGCUGCUGUGCUCAGUAUGAUAGGAGACUGGUUCAGAGUCAUCUCCAAGAAAACCAAGGAGGAGGUAGGGGAGUUCCGGAUCCAUGCAGCAGAGUGGACGGCAAACGUGUCGGCUGAGUUCAAGGAGACACGGCGUCGCCUGAGCGUAGACAUCUCCAACAAGUUUGAGCGUGCCGCCUCCAUUAAGCGUCGACUGUCCUCGGAGCUGGGCCUCAACCCCAUCACCCAGGAGAUGACCCCAGGCAGGAGGACGCUGUCCGUGAACCUGGGGCCAGGGGAUGAGAGGGAGGCCUACCCCAACCUGGCUCUCUCCCUCACUCCUGUCCCUGGAGCCCUGGCCCGCAAUGGCAGUGGACUCUACCUGAACGGACUCAGUCCGGACUACGCUGAGGUAGCCAUCAUUGAGAGCCUCUAGUGAUGAGACACCGGGGUUGUGCAAGGAACAUGGAGGUGAGACACAUUUAUGGUCAUCAGUGGAGAUCAUUAAGUGAGACUAACACACACACACACACACACACACACACACACGCUUGUGUGUUCAUGCUCACACUUGUGCUCAUUGGUUAAGAGGCUGGUUGGAGAGACAGACACUUCAAGCUGAGAUCUCAGGCAUACUGUAGGUGAGUUUUCAGACAUACACCCAUGCACACACACAUGUUCGUCAAAGGUGAUGAGAUGCAUACACACAUUAGGCUGUGCAGUAAUCGAUUGAGUGCUGUGAGGGAGAGAGACACUGGUCGAUCAUCACUUACAGUAGAUCGAUCAUCACACACAAAUACACACACACACACACACACACACACUAAUUGAUGGAGCUUGUGGAGAGACACACGCGUUAAUGCUCCCACUCCACCUGAAAACACAGAGAGGCUCUGAAGUCUGCAUCAGAUGAAGAGGUUCUUCACUGUCCAACACUGUAUCAUCCAAGAUGAAACUUUCUCUAAGGCCUUUUACCCAACAAGUGUUAGGUUCUCACCAGGAGGCAACAACCAUCACCAAACUUACGGAGCAUGCAGUUGAUGUAUUUCCAAGAUUGUGUCUUUUUUCGUUUCAGUUGACACUUUUGUAUGGUUCAUGUAUUCAGACUACUAAGGCAGCAUUUAUUUGAUGCCUUGCUUUCAGUAAUGACACCGCUUACAGUUUUAAAGCAGAAUGUUUGGAUCAUUUUUUUUUACCUUCAAGAUGGACAUGCAGCUUUUUUACCUAAGGAAUAUUCCUAGUGCCUUAAAUAAUGGAAGAACACUUUGAACAGUGUUUUGGAUUGCCGGUGCAUGUUGGACUGAGUCUUAUCUAUGUGGGUCGUUAUCAAGUCUUAAUUCUUACUUAAGCAAUCCUUGAGAAUAUUUGUACAUUAUUUAUGUGUCUUUUAGAGAACACAGCAACACAUCAAGUAACAAAGAGAAGGUGCAUGGAAGGAUAUGUACUUUGACCUUUUGAAGUGGAGAUUUAACAGAAGACAGAGCAUACAAGCAUAUUUCUGAUUGGAGCUGGACUGACUGGGAUAUUUCUGACGUCUGUCUGUGUGUGUCAAUCAUUUUGUCCCUGUUACUGUCCCAUUGUCCCCUGCCUGCAAUGGUGACUUUGUCAUUCAGGCGCAUUACUGAUAGAAUGUCACUCUCUUCCUCCUACUCCUCCUGUUGCUCUCCUCUUCAUCCCUCCUCCUCUCCUCCCACUCAUAGACAAACGUAGACACUAUUUAUCAAAGAGAGAAAUGGUCCUACAGAAGCAUAUCAACCAUUCACCUCUAUGGUUGCCUUCAGUAACUCUGUAUCCCAACAACUCAUCCAUUCAUGUGGAAAUAGUAAGGUAAGAUAUGUAUUUAUCUCAAUGUUAAGUCCAUCAAAAGCAGAAGUGAUCUGCACACAUAGUACAAAGACUCUAAGAUUCUUCUUUUGCCAUCUUUGGUUGGUUUUCUUAAUGCAGCAGGGGGACGGAGAGGGGGUGUUAAACACAGACGUUUUGGCUAAUGCUUCGUCAUUAAGUCCCUCACUUGGUCUGCAACAUCACUAUUUCUGGGGUUAAACAGAAUACUCAUCAUUAAAAAAAACUCUUCCUGUGUCCACCUGUGAAUAACAGUAUGCUAAGCAAUGCUCGAGGAAGACAGGGCUUAUAUCAUGGAGUUCCAUAGUGAUGAAUACUUCUCAAUGGGUGGUGGAUGUAGAAGGCAGAUUAGGGAAAUAGCUUGGUAGCCUCAAGGUUUACUCCGGCUUCUCUCCUCUGACAGGCUAUUCAUCAUGUUGGAUAUAAAUAUAUUUGGGACAUAGAUAUAUUGUAUUUUCUUAUACAAAUCAGGCCCAUUUUAUGCAUUUUACUCACUGUUUAUUUUGAUUGGGUGUGUGGGUAUUGGGCAUGGUUAUUGGCAUGAUUAUGGGCUUGGUUAUGCAAUGUGUUAUAAGGCUGAGGGGAGACUCAAUGAAAAAAUGACUUGGAUUGUUACUUGAAUGAAGGGGAGACACAAUGAAGAAAUUACUUGGAUUGUUACUUGAAUGUAUUAUUUAUUCUGUGCUUUCUUAUUUCCAAUCACGUUUUUAAUGUCAUAUCUUGCCAAAACAUCAUGCAUGUACUUCUCAUGUGCAUCAUACAAUACAGAACAAAGUGUCUUACAAAUGCCCCUUUCAUCAAGAAACAGGUUUACAUUUAACUUUCAAUUUUGAACAGGGUAAUGGUUGUUAACUGAAUGUAUGAAUGUUUGAAUGGUGAGAAAGCAGCCAGGUCACCUGUAAUACAAAUCAGUAUUUGAAAUCCAUCCAUUUAUUUUAUUUAACCUUUAUUGAACUAGACAAGUCAGUUAGGAACAAAUUCUUAUUUACAAUGACAGUCUACACCAGCCAAACCCAGAUGACGCUGGGCCAAUUGUGCACCGCCCAAUGGAACUCCCAAUCACAGCCAGUUGUAAUACAGCCUGGAUUCAAACCAGGGUGUCUAUAGUGACGCCUACUAGCACUGAGAUGCAGCGCCUUAGAGUGCUGCACCACUCGGGAGCCCAUUUCUGCAGAUUUCGGGAGAUGACAUGGAAACCGAGCAUUAGGGGCAAGAGUGAGGGCAGUAACCUUGAAAUAGUUUUUGGUUUUGUGGACAGGGAUGGCGGAUGGGUGUAAGCAGCUGCCUCUAGUGCUAACGGUUGCAUGUUUGAAUCCAGCAAUAGAAAGCUGUUUUUGAUAUAGGCUUACAAAACAAACAUCUCUUUCAUCCAUCUGCUUCCAGUGCCAAAGGUUGCCUAUUACAAUCCAGAGAUAGAAAGUAGUUUUGUAGACUUUUUAUUUUAAACCUAUCCGAAACCUUAACCCUUACCUUAACCAUUCAGAGUUAAUGCCGAACUUUAAGAUUCCGGAGUUAAUGCCUAAACGUAACUUUUAAACACUUUGAAUUUUGACGUUUGAGUAACAUGGAUGAACAUCAUUCUGACGUGAAACUGUGAGAGCAUGUUGGAGAAACAAAUGUUUAUUUACAGUACAAAUCUGAGCAGGCAUCAUUGCCAUCACGGCACUAUUUUAUGUGUACAGUACAGUAUAAAAGUGAAUCAUGUGUUACUGGGGGGGAAAGACAUCCAAUGACAGGUUUGUCCUAUUUCCAAGAAGUGUCAAGAAGUGUCCUAAUACUCUUAAAUGGUGUAUUUUCCUUGUCUCCUUAGCUUUCCUUUAUUACCCCUGAUGUCAAAUGACUGCAUAGGUUUCCCCCAUAGCUAUAAUCUGCCAUAUCCUAUCAAAUCAAGUGAUCAUGACGAACAAGGAGACGAAGGAUACAGUAGAAAGCUAUUUAUCAGUAUUGGGACAGUCCAUUAUCAGUGUGGUAAUGAGGGAGAAUGCUCACACAGCUCAGAGCAGAGGCCCAUGGGAGUUCACUCGUACGACUUCUGCCCGGGCUGUUGUAUGAUGGACAGGCACUGUAAGGAGUCCUGUCACCACCAGAGAAAAACUAGCGCAUCACGUUAUAUAAGCAUAUCUACAGCCCACAGGGGGACUCAGAGAGAGAGAGAGAGAGAGAGUGUGUUAGUGUGUGUGUGUGUGUAUGUGUGUGUGUGUAUGCAUGCGUGCGUGCAUGCGCGCAUACGUGUAGUAUAUGUGAUCAUCACUAAUCAUUUUCCAUCCCCCCCUGAAGGAUCUUGGUAGUGUCACAAUUUUUCAAGGGUAAAGACACGUCAUAAUCACGUCUAUGGUUUGCAUCAAUGUCCAGACUCAAGCAUUUUACAUUUUCCUCAGCCUUUUUUUAUAGAAAUGGAUAUUGAGAGUCAUUAUGAAUGUAAACAUGCUCAUGAUCUAACAUUGUGAUGUGUGUGCCCAGAAGCAUUCAAGUUGUCUCGAUGAUUACAACGUAUAUCAAGAGAAAAGAACAGUUAGUUCUUUCAUUUAUUUCUAAUAAACGGAUGUGUAU